CACGCAGGGAAGCGGGUUCACACGCAGGGCUCGACACGUGUCGCCGUCGCCAGGCCACAAGCGCUUUCCGAUGAGCUCAGCGCCUGUCACAAAGCCUGCCCUGCCGCCUGCCUCCUCCUCACGGUGGCCGCGAUGGGGAGAAGCGCGGGCGGAGCCGCCCAACAUGGUGUCGUGUCUUGUGUGGUGAUUCCUCCAUCCUGUCGCCAUAGAGAGGCGCCUGCCAGUCACUUCCUCCCCAUGCUGACAGCCUGCAUCCAGAGGGCACCAUGUCGGAUCUCAUCAUCAACCUGGACACCACCCUUCCCGCCACCGGGAAGAAGAACUCUGAGCUGGGCAAUAAGAAGCACCAGCGCUUUAUCCGGCGCCGGCACUUCUUAGAGAGGAAGGGCUUCCUGAAGCAGAAGCAGCUUCCGCCCUCCAAUGCCAGGCCCAAGCGGGAUGCCUCCCACGGAUGCCCACCGCUGGACAAGGACAAGAAAAGGCAAAAAAUGGAUAGGCAGGAUGGGCCAGCCGGCUGGGGAGGAAACAGCGCGUGCCGGGAGGAUGGCUCAACUUGCCGGCCAAAAGCAUUUCCCAAGGGGAAUUCUGCGGCUCAUGGGGCCAAGGAGUCAGGCAACCAGUCCUGCCCGCCUUCUGGGGACCUUUCGUCUUCGGGCAAAACGGGAAGCGGCUCUGCCAGGUACAACGGGACCCCGGAGCCCAACUGCAGCGCAAAAACGCUCCCGAGAGUUGACCUGCUGAGCGAGUAUGAGAGCGGACUCACCUUGGCCCCAGCAGCUGCUAAGCCCAGCAAAAUGGUGGCCAUCGACUGCGAGAUGGUGGGCACAGGGCCUGGCGGGCGGAACAGCGACUUGGCAAGGUGUAGUGUGGUCAGCUACCAUGGCGAUGUGAUCUAUGACAAGUACAUCUGCCCACCCAGCCCCAUCACCAACUACCGGACGAGAUGGAGCGGCAUCAGGAGGCAUCACAUGAACAACGCUGUGCCGUUCAAGAUUGCCCAGAAAGAGAUUCUUAAACUCCUGUCAGGGAAGAUUGUUAUCGGCCACGCCAUCCACAACGACUUCAAGGCCCUCAAGUAUUUCCACCCCAAAUCGCUCACCAGAGACACCUCCAAAAUCCCUCUGCUCAAUCGCAAGGCCGGCUUCCCAGAGAAUGAGUCGGCCUCCUUGAAGCGCCUCACCAAGCAGCUCCUCCACAGAGACAUUCAGGUCGGCCAGAAUGGCCAUUCCUCCGUGGAGGACGCCCGGGCCACCAUGGAGCUGUACAAGGUGAUUGAAGUGGAUUGGGAGAGGCACCUGGCCAGCUGCCCACCUCAGGACUGAUUCCCUCCGGAGGCCCUGAGGGACUUUGGCCAAGGAGCUCCUGGGAGAUGGGUUGCCCUGGAGCCCCUGCAGGCAGGGCAGCAGCGCAGGACGGAAGGCCCAGCCGUCAGAAGGGGGGAGAGGGGUGGGGGGUGGGCAAGUAAGGGUCCAUUACAUUGUUUCCACCCGAAGCCGGUGUUGUGUCGGCUUGCUUCUCUGAGGCGCUGCCCAGUCUUCUCCUUGGAUGGGAAGCCCCAGACAUCUGCAGCGGUGCUAUCAACCCCUCCUGGCCUGGGAUUGGGUCUUUUUCCUUCCUUCCGUGGACCAAGGUGGACCAGCUACUCCUUUUAACAACCAGUUGUCUUUGGUUCUUAAACAAUCGCAUAUACCUGUGGAGAAGGGGACAACAUCAGCUCCCUUGAAUCUGAUCCUUAAUUGCUCUCCUUGGGCUGGAACGUGCCUGGAAGCAACUCCUUCUGGUGCCUUCGUUUGGCCCAAAUCAGGGCUUGGCCUCCUUCUUACGUCUCCCUUUUGGGGGCCUUGGAAGCAAAUGGCUUAAGCUCCCUCCCUUUGGAAAUGGGUUGUGUGGGGAAGCCCCAUAGAUUCCUCUGCUGACUGCAGUAGCUAAGCAGUGAGAGCAUCAUGCUGCAUAGUUAGGCCCUCAGGUUCUGGAGCCAGGCCACUGUUUCUCUCUUGCUUGUUCCUUUGUCUUCUUUGUUCUCUUUGGACCAAGAAAUGCCAUUUCCUAUCUUGAAACAUGAGGCGGUGUGGAACUUGCUCCUUAAUUCAGUCUAUGGGUGAAAGAAUGCUUUUACCUGUAAUGCAAAUGCCCUACACGCCAAUGGGGUGCAUCAUUGCCUUAUGAAAUCCUCGGUGAAGGCAGCCAGAACUCUCUAAAAGACAGAGGUCCUGAGAAAGCAUGAUAUGUCCUCUUCUUCUUGGUGAGCACCCAUGUUGCAGCUGAGAUACAAGUGCAGCAUCUGGACCUUUGGUGAGGGUCAUCCAUCGGAUUUUGGCCGAAAGGAGCCAUGUAAAUUAAAUCUUAAUGCGGUUCAAAGCUAGCUUCAAGCUGGCCGCUAGAUAACGGAAACGCACAAAAGAGAACCCUUAAGGCACAUUUGGUUUUAUGUAACACCACCUAAAACUCAUUCUGGUUCAUUGAUUUUUUUAUGUUAUAAUCUGCACAGCGAUUUCUUCAGUUCUGGUUUUAAACUGCAUUAAAUGAGCAGUGUAGAUGGUGUCUAAUUGAAUUAUGUGUGCCACUCCCCCCCCCCCCCCCCAAUUCCAUCUCCAUUCUGCAGUGUCUUAUUAUCACUCUCUUGUAAGAGAAAUCCUCUCCUCCCAUGUGAUCAUACUAAAGGAAAUGGCUAAAACACAAAUUUACUGGUUCUCCCAGCUGCUUUGGCGUUUUCUCACUGAAUAAGCCAGGAAGGAGAGCUCUGAAUCAGACCCCAAACUGUUCCCUUCUCCCCAUCUUCCUCUAUAAUAAAUAAUAAUACAGUAGAGUCUCACUUAUCCCAGCUAAACGGGACGGCAGAAGCUUGGAUAAGCGGAUAUCUUGGAUAAUAAGGAGUGAUUAAGGAAAAGCCUAUUAAACGUCAAAUUAGGUUAUGAUUUUACAAAUUAAGCACCAAAAUAUCAUGUUAUGCAACAAAUUUGACAGAAAAAGUAGUUCAAUACGCAGUAAUGUUAUGUUGUAAUUACUGUAUUUACGAAUUUAGCACCAAAAUAUCACGAUAUAUUGAAAACAUUGACUACAAAAAUGGCUUGGAUAAUCCAGAGGCUUGGAUAAGCGAGGCUUGGAUAAGUGAGACUCUACUGUAAUAAAAUUUUAUUUAUAUACCGCCCUAUCUCCCGGAUGGGACUCAGGGCGGUUUCCAAACAUAAAAACAACACAAACAUUACAUAGCAACAUAAUAACUCUAUGAAGUGCCAGGUGGGACAAAACAGAAUUGUGUUAUCAAAGGCUUUCAUGGCUGGAAUCACUGGGUUGCUGUGAGGUUUCCGGGCUGUCUGGCCAUGUUCCAGAAGCAUUCUCUCCUGACAUUUUGCCCACAUCUAUGGCAGGCAUCCUCAGAGGUUGUGAGGUCUGUUGGAAACGAGGCAAGUGGGGUUAAUAUACCUGUGGAAUAAUGUCCAGGGUGGGAGAAAGAACUCUUCUCUGAGGCAAUGUUGGCUAGCUUGAUUAGCAUUGAAUAGCCUGCCUGCUUCCUGCCUGGUGGAAUCCUUUGUUGAGAUGUGUUAGCUGGCCUUGAUUAUUUCCUGUCUGCAAUUCCCAUUUUCUGAGUGUUGUUCUUUAUUUACUGUCCUGAUUUUAGAGUUUAAUACUGGUAGCCAGGCUGUGUUCAUUUUCAUGGUUUCCUCUUUUCUGUCGAAAUUGUCCACCGGUUUGUGGAUUUCAGUGGCAUCUCUGUGUCAUCUGACAUGGUGGUUGUGAGAGUGGUCCAGCAUUUCUAUAUUCUCAAAUAAUAUGCUUGGUUCAUCAAGUGCUCUGCUAUGGCUGACUUCUCUGGUUGAAUUAGUCUGCAUUGCUUUCGUGUUCCUUGAUUCGUGGUUGGGCAAUGCUGCGUUUGGUAGCCUCUAUGUAGACUUGUCAUGCCGGCCACACGACCUUGGAGGCGUCUACGGACAACGCCGGCUCUUUGGCUUAGAAAUGGAGAUGAGCACCAACCCCCAGAGUCAUUGGACACGACUGGACUUAACGUCAGGCGAAAACCUUUACCUUUUAUGUAGACUUGUCCACAGCUGCAUGAUAUACCUAGACUUCUGGAACAUGGCCAUAUAGCCUGGAAAACUCACAGCAACCUAGUGAUUCCAGCCAUGAAAGCCUUUGACAACAUAAUUGGGAAACUGAUGGAAAAUUCCUUGGCAGGACAGAAUUCUUAUUUGGGAAGCAAAGUCUCACAUUUGCUUGAUCGUCCGCAUCAAAAGACUGGGGAGGCUUGCGUCUUUGAGGGCAGAAAGCCAACACUGCCAAUGCACUUGCCCCAAAUUCUUUCUUUUGUUUUGCGGUUGGUCAUCAAACAAAACACUGUUUGAAAGGGGAGCAUGAAAACAAAUGCUUUUGCCAAACCGGUUUCUUAAAUGGCUCUGAAAGCUCCCCUAUAACAAAAGACCUCCUCCCUGGGUGUUAUUUUGCCAGAUAUUUGUCUGAGUUGGCUGGGGACUGUUUGCCUUUUGCUUUGUUUAAAAAAAGAUUAAAUGUUUGACCAUUUUCA